AUGCCAAUUGGAUCAGGCGUACGGCAACCAUCAACAAAAGAAACGCUUCCAUUACAGCUAAAAACACGUUACUUUAUCUGUGACCACGGUAGAGCCAAAGCAGUUAGCAAGAAAGUAGCUAUAGACGCGUCUUCAGAUGUAGCUUCCGAAGCAUCAUCUUCAAGCGAAGUAGUCGCUAAGAUAAGGAGAGUAUCAAAAAAAGCUUCAAUUAAAGUUAAUUGUCCUGCCAGAAUUACUGAAAUCAUUUCGUUCAAUAGUAGCGUUAACGUUGAAUACGAAUGGCACCAUAUCUACCAUGACCCCUUGGCUGCCCUUGACCUUACUUCCUCUCGCUUGCAGAAGGCUAUUAAAGGUUGGAUCAACCAGCAAGUUGAGUCAAGCAAAGAUUGGAAAGCAACCAAGGCUACCCUUUGUCUUUCUGAAAACAAUUUGGAUGCUUUCGAUAUGUCUCAGGCAUUUUUAAAAGUUCCCGCCGGUUUGCUCGUUCGCUACGCCGAUGCUUAUAAUGUUAUUUUUGCCAAAAUGAACAAGCUGUCAAGAAAGAAUCCUAUUGACAUGGAAAGCGUUCGUUUGUGAAUGAAUGUUUUACAAAAAACUAGGUUUUAUUCAACCUUGUUUUCUGUUGAUCCUGACAUGAAUGAACCUUUCCUUGUUUCGUGGAUGUCUUCUUGGCAAAAUAUGGUAGGUUCACAUACUGCAAUACUAAUAUAGAAAUACAUAUAAGCUAGCAAUAUGUAUCAUGGUAGAUGCUUAAAAGCGCUGAAGAAGGAUAUGGAUUCGAC